AUGGCAGUCAAUUCCAAUCCCAGCGAACGGCGGAAAAGAUACGUUUGCCCCUUUCCAGACUGUGGCAAGGCGUACACUAGGCCGUGCUUGGUGGAGCAGCACAGACGUUCUCACUUUGACGAAAGACCCUUCAAGUGUACUUUUGGUGGCUGCGACAAAAGCUUUAGGAGGCAUGCCCAUCUUCGUGUUCACAUGGUUUCGCAUGCCGAGGUGAAGCCGUUUUCGUGCGGGUAUUGCGAGAAAGGAUUCACCACCAACCAGCAAUUGACCCGGCACCAGAGGACCCACAAGAAUACGGACUCCAGUUUCCAGUUUCCAAAUUUUACGCUAGACGAUCCAAAGCUUCAAUAUGGAGACUAUGAGUACUCCAGUUCGCUUUUUUCCGAGUUUGACGCCAUCAUGAGUCUUCCAGACCACCCCAUUUUCGACGAGGCGAUGAAGGCGUACUCCGAGUUCGGGGUCGGCCCCGGACUAUUUUUCAGUCCAGGACCGGAGAGUUCUAGAAGCUCUAAUAGUUCUGGAAGCUCUGGAAAUGUUGACAGUACCUUUUCUUUGAGCAGGGAAUCACCAGCUGUUCUGGAAACUACAGUCUUGGACUCUUCGGACUCAUUUGUCAAACCUAAAGCAGCUCCACUUGUGUCGCCACAUUCACACACAGAACAGGAAUGGGCAUGUCAUGAAGAAGGUUGUUACGGAAUUGUGGUUUUUGACUCUAUAGGUCAGCUGAUUUCCCAUUAUGAUGCGGCCCACCAUCAUGUUCCCGAAUCCUUGCACGGCUUGUAUGAUGACAUAUCGUUCCCACCAUUAUACCUGCCUCCUCCGGUUGGAAUCACUGAUAUUGAGAAGUUUUACCGUCCAGAUGUGGGCUGUCCUGUAUCAUUGCUACUGAGCCGCAACGGAUGUUGA